AUGACGGGAUUCGACAGCACCACACUCAUUACCAAAAAACCGGCCGCCGUACACCAUGCGACGCCUCCACGUUCCCCCGAACCAGCGGGUGCAGCUCAGUUUAUCAACAAUCUUAAUGAACGCCAACAAGCACAUUUGCAAUUUGCAAUUCCGGCCACCGCCGAGCCAGAACGGUUUUCACAGUUCCUCGAAGGGCCUAGGAAGACAAGAGUACCCGAUCGUUUCACGUUUGACGCCUUGGACUCGGAAUCCCGCUCCCUUCGCGAAAGUACCAAAAGCCCGGUUCUGGACGGCAAGGAGCAAUCGAAACCAAGCAAAAGCAACCUGAACAAUGUCACCAGCGCUAACGGAAAGGACGACUAUGAUGGAAAGAGCAACAAGUCAUUGCGUAGCGGGAAGAGAAGCAGAGCAUCGAGUUUCUCGAAAAGAGCCAGCGUAAAGUCGGGAAGCACGAAGACAUACGACGCCGACUUUCCGAAAACCCCCAUCAGUAUGCAGAGUGGGUGGGAUAGGGGUGUUGAUUGGAGGUUUUAUGUUGUCGCCACAUGUUUACUUUUGAUCAACAUCGUCGUUGCCUGGGAUAUCGUGGUCAUAACCAUUGCGUUGCCGGCGAUAUCCUUCUCUCUCCACGGCUCGGCUGUUCAGACCUAUUGGGUCGCUCUCGCAUUCCUCGUUGCCGCGACUGUAUUUCUGCCAUUAUUUUCAGCGUUCGCAGACAUCUUCGGAAGAAAACCGACCCUCAUCUCAGGCCUGGUAUUGUUCACGGCGGGUUCAUUGAUUGCCGGAGUUUCGGGAUCAAUGGAAGUCUUGCAGUUUGGGCGUUUGAUCCAAGGUGUUGGGGCUGGCGGCAUCUACUCGCUAUCCGAUCUCAUUGCCUCCGACCUCGUCUCGCCCUUGGACAAGCGCCGAUUGAAUACUGCCCUGGGUGCUGUUUGGGCUUUUGGAGCUGUGACAGGCCCCGCUAUUGGAGAAGCAUUGGCAAAGAACGACCGUUGGCGCUGGAUAUUCUGGAUCAACCUGCCGUUCUGCGUGGUGGGAAGUGUUGUGCUCUUCAUCGUCGCAAGACUCAGAGGCCCCACAUCAGGAUCCAUCGGGCCUAAGCUCAGAAAGUUUGACUGGUUCGGAUUCAUCUUGUUGGGUGCUUCCAUCACGGCCUUCUUCCUAGGCCUCAGCUGGGGAGGUUCUCUUUACUCGUGGACUCACACAAGCACGCUUUUGCCACUCCAGUUCGGUGUAGUCGGGUUUGCGGUUUACGGAAUCUGGGUAUGGUUUUCGCCCUUUACACCAGUCAUCAGCAUGGAAGGCUUCAUGGACCGAACGAUCAUCGGUGCAUUUAUCGGAACCAUGUUCCAGGGUGUAGUCCUCGGUGCUCUCCUUUAUUUCAUGCCAUUCUUUUUCACAGUGGCCAAAUUGGACCUUGCAUCAUUGCCAGUAGGUGUACGCUGGCUUCCGUGGACACUUCCGUUCAUCAUUUGCGUCACCGUGACAUUCAUUGUUGUCAGUCGAUGGAACCUGUGGUUGCUAGCCAUCUGGAUAGGCUGGGCUUUGACUACACUUGGCAUUUCACUGACGGUUCUGUUCACGCGUACGGUGCCAAACGUUGGCUGGGUCUGCAUUGCAAUCGUGACUGGCGCUGGCUUGGGUGUGCUGUAUCCAAGUUUGCACACAGCCGCCGAGCUCAUCGCCGCUCAAGACAUCAACAAAGCGAGGCGUGCAAUCACCAACUACAGCUUUUUCCAUUUUCUGGGUAAAGCUUUUGGUGUAGCGAUGGGACUUUCGAUUUUCGAGAACGAGCUAUUGAAGAACCUGAAGGCCAACCCGACAUUCGAGGAUUUUGCGACGAGAUAUACCAACGACGCGGUUGCGACCGUGGCCAAGAUUCAGAAAACAGAAGGGUUGGUCCAAGUGCAGAUUAUGGACAUUUACGUGCAGUCGCUGAGGACGGUGUGGAUGGUGCUUGCCGGCAUCUCUGGAUUGGCCUUGAUACUCAGCAUCUUCAUCAAGCCAAGGGAGAGCAAGACAGCGGCGACGACGUAUAGGGAGGUGGAGAUGGAUGGAACGUAUGCGGUUUGA